AUGGCAUCUCUACAACGAUAUCAGCAGCAGCAGCAACAGCCUGGCACUGGAGCCCAGCAAGCCUCUCUCGCCAUCCACCGUGUCCGAUUCGUCAAUUGGUCACCUUCCACCGUCACCGCCCUCGCCGUCUCUCCUUGCUUUGCCGGCACUGCUCGAGGUCUCCUUGCCGUUGGACGACAGAAUGGCAACAUCGAGCUUUGCACUUGGGUAGGUCCUCGUGUCGCUCAAAAGUCUGAACUAGAUGACCGAUCCUUCCAAUCAGACGCAGCUGGUUGGGCAGUCCAUACCAUCUUGCCUGGUCAGACCAACUCCAAGAUCGAGCAGCUCUGCUUUGUCAACCCACCCACCAACGAUCACACUCAACAGCGCAAGUUGCGUCUCUUCAGUAUCUCUGGAGGUUCGAUCGUCACGGAACACUUCAUCCCUCUUCACCUUGCUAAGCUCGGUGCUCGAAGAGAUGCUCGUGUCGAUGACGAGGACGAGGCUGCAAAGGCUAGGCCAGGCACUGUUUCAUCGCUCUUUGCCAGCAAGUCGGCGUCCGAUCUUGACCCACACUACCCUGGCGAAACACGAUCCUUGCCAUCCCUCGCUGGAGCUGUGUGGAGUAUGGCACCUAGCGCUACUGCUAGAUACCUCGCCCUCGGCUGCGAGGAUGGCUCGGUAAGAAUCAUCGAUCUCGAGGAUGACCGCUUUGAACACCUCGCCAGUACUUCCGGUCAAGACCGCAGGAUUGUCCCGCGCUUUGGCAAGGCUAAAGGUAAAGUCAUCUCCCUUUGCUGGGGUCCUCCCCUUCGCACAGCCAAGCGUUCCACCAAAGCUGCUACUGCAAAGAAGGCUUCAAGCUCCGACUCUGAUGACAGCGAUGACAGCGAUGACAGCGAUGACGACGACGAUCAAUGGCACGAAUCCUUCCUCGUUGGUGGUCUCGCUCUCUCCACAGCCGUUGUCUGGGACGCUUCCACAGGCAACAUCGCCACCAAGCUCGCAGUGCAGAAGAAUCGUUCCGAGUCUACCAUCGUCUGGAGCGUCGCCGCUCUCUCCGAUGGUACCAUCGUCACUGGAGACUCCACAGGCCGUGUCAUCUUCUUUGACCCUCGCACUCGCAUCCCCAUCCCCGAUGGCACUUUCCGUGCCCACGCCGCAUCUUCCGACGUUCUCGCUCUCUGUGUCGGUCCGGACGGCAAGACCAUCUACAGUGCCGGUGUAGACCAAAGGGUCGCAGAGUAUACCAAGAUCGACACGAGCAACGGUCGAGGUCGUUGGAUUCAUAUUGCUUCUCGUCGCCUGCAUGCGCAUGAUAUUCGCGCACUUGCACUUGAUCCUCCCUAUUCGCCCAUCGAUGCUGCUCAGGCUAUUGCUAACGGCUCGGAGGCAAUGAAGCCGAGCCGACUUCCCGUGCUCAUCAGCGGUGGUGUAGACUUUAACUUGGUCCUCACACCCGCUGCACCCCCAUCUGCAGUUGUCAAAGCUCAAAAGUCAUCCACCAUUGCUCAAAUCCCACUUGCUUCCGUCAAAUCCAGCAAGAAGACGCUCACCAAGGUCGAACAAGAACACUCUUCCAUCAACCCAAUCUCUUCUAACCCACUCACCACUUUCGCUGACACCACGCAGCGUCGUGUACCCUUUGUCCCCACCUCUUCUCGCUCCGGCUUGCUCGGUGGAGGAUCCGUCGCUGCACUCUGCCCUUCCAAAGCUUGGAUCGUGCUCCGUCGCGAACAAUCCAUCGGCAUUUGGGAUCUCGGUAGCCCCGAACAACUUCUCUCGGUCGCUCACUCUGAUCUCUCCCCUUCACACCAACCCAGCUGGACCAAACUUGUCGAAAUGGAACUCAAACUAGAUUCCAACCUGGUCACCCUCUCCAUCUCUGACAACGGUCAAUACCUCGCCUUUUCUGAUCUCUACGAAACCAAGCUGUACGAGUUGAAAGAAAGACGCCGUCCCGAUGGAGCGGUUGAGAUUGAACCCAACAAGAUCAAGAGUUUGGGCAAAGUUUUUGGAGGCCAAGAUAAAGUUGCGCCCGCAGCGAGCGCGGUGAGGUUUUCGCCGGAUUCGACUAGGGUUGUGGUGUGUUCCUUGACAGGGGCUUAUGUGCAUGUGUUGGAGUUACCGAGUGGAGCGAAUGAGCAGAAAUGUAGACUUUUGAGGUCCUUCGGUCAACAUCGUCGUUCUCCCACCACUCAUUCUAGUGGGGUGGGUGGUGAUCAGAGACAAAUUGCCGGUCAAAGCAGAGUCAACGGCGAAACCAAGGGUCACAUUGAUGGAGCAGAAAAGCAACAGGAUAGGGUGGAGAGAACUACAAGUACGAUCAUUCAACAUGCAGAAAUAUCGUACGAUGGAGCUUGGCUUUCUACUAUCUCUUCUGAUCUUCAACACCACAUCUUUUCCCUCGACUCUCUGACCUACGGACGAACUUUGCCCUCGCCAUCGUCGUUGCCAAAUGGGACAGUCUUCCAUCCCUCAACAUCAGCGAGGUUUAGCAGCAUGCUAACGCUGAUCUUUCCCGAAAACAAGAUUGAAUUUUGGGACGUCGAAUCAGGAAAAGAACUGACCUCGCUCACCAAAGAUGCCUCGGACUCGUCCAGCAAGACACCUCGUAAACGCGGUGGUAGACACAGCGCAGCAGACGCCAGAAACAUGCUCUUGCGAAACCUGACACAUCUUAGGCAAGCGUUGCAAAUGCGUCUCGCAAGUCUUCGAGAUUUUGCUAUCAGUGCGAUCUGGGUGGGAGGAAAUGGAAGUGCGAAGUUAGCAGAUUAUACAUUGGUAGUUUAUGGUGCUACUUGGAUGGCCACUGCUAGACCUAUAACUUGUUCCUCUGUUCGUGCUUCUGAUGCGGUAGAUGCGGUGGAGGAGACGGGAGAUGGCGAUGUGGAGAUGCAAGAUGCAAGCAACCGCAACCCUACUUGGAAAGCAGAGCAGAGGGAAGGAAAGUUGGAAUGGAUGGUGAGAACAACAGCCAAAUAUCAGCCGCUGUUGCUUGUUGCACAAGUACAACUUCCAGCAGCAACGGUAGGGGCAAAGGGAGAAUCGCAUCUGGUAGUGGUGGAAAGACCUUACUUUGAAUUGGCCAAGAAGUUGCCUGCUGCUUUCCACAGAGGUGCUCGUUACGGUGCUUAA